AUGAGCAUGGCCUUCCUCGAGACAUUGAUCAAGUGGGAGGAGUCGAGCCCGCUCGACGUGGCCCGCGCGCUGCGAGAGGCCGACGCCUUCGCGGCGCACCACGAGGACCUCGCGCGCUACGCGCGGGGCCUCGCGGGCCGCAUCGCCCAGGAGACGGGCGGCUUCACGGGCGACGAGUUCUCGCUCGACAGCUCCGCGCCGCAGUCGCCGACGAAGGACUUCCCGCGGUCGCCGCCGACGCCGAAGCGCAAGGCGCCGCUGUCGCCGCUCGCCGGCGGGCCGCUGCCGCUGGGGCUGCCGCCGCGGCGCGCGGGCGCGGCCGCGGGGCCGAACCCCUACGACCUCGACAGCCCGGACGUCGCGUCCUACGCGUCCCUCGAGCACCGCAUCGAGCGGCGCGCGUCCUUCGACCGCUGCAGCGAGGAGCGCGCGUCCUUCGAGCGCGAGCGGCGCGGCUCGCGGCGGAGCGACCACGACGACGCGCUCGGCGCGGCGUCGCGCGAGCGGCGGGGCGGCCGCUGCGUGCGCUGGAUGCACCACGUCGACUUGUUCGUCGACGUCUUCUUCCUCGCGGACAUCGCGCUGACCUUCUUCACGUCCUACGUCGACGAGGUCACGGCCGAGGAGGUCACGGACCGGCGGUGCAUCGCGUACCGCUACGUCUUCGACCCCUUCGCGGGCAAGUGGAUCGUCUUCGACGCCAUCGCGUCGCUGCCGACGUCCUUCUUCGGGUGCGCGGGCGGCGGGAUCCUCGAGUACGUCAAGUUCAUCCGCUUCACGAAGCUCUUCAAGAUGCUGCGGAUGCUCAAGAUCAACUCCAUCGUCGACACGCGCCACAUGCCCUUCUUCCACCCCGUCAUGAUGCGCUUCAUGCGCAUCUUGCUGGGCCUGCUCUUCGUCUGGCACCUCUUCGCGUGCCUCUACUGGCGCGUCGCGCGGUCGGAGGAGUACUGGAGCACGGGAUGCGACCCGGCCGCGUUCAGCUGCUGGAUCCCGCCGAAGCGCGUGCGCGACGCGCCCUUCUUCCGCCAGUACUCCUAUGCGCCGCCCCGCGUCCCCCGCGCCUACCUCUGGGGCUCCAUCCACUCCUUCGGGUCCGUCUUCGCCGUGCCGACGACGACGCGGACCAUGUGGACGACGGCGUCCGUCGCGAUCGUCGGCCUCGUCGUCAACGCGAUCGUCAUCGGCUCGGCGACGAACGUGUUGGACGGCUUCCACUCCAUCGCCAAGCAGCACCAGAAGCGCAAGGACGGCGUCAACCACUACAUGCGCUGGCAGAACUUCCCGCCGGAGACGGUGCGGCGCGCGAACGACUUCCUCGACUACCAGUGGGCGACGGGCACGACGGUCGACGGCGCCGAGGUCAUGAGGGACAUGCCGCCGCCCUUGCAGCUUGAGAUGCGCAUGUGCCUGAACCGCAAGAUCAUCGACACGCAGCCCCUGUUCUGGGAGCUCGGGCCGAAGCUCAUGAUGGUCCUCGUGACCGCGCUCAAGGCGCACAUCACGACGCCGAACGAGACGAUCCUGCGCGAGGGCGACCACGGCGACCUGCUCUUCUUCCUCGUGCACGGCGAGGCGCUGGCCUACUGCGACGGCGACGAGGGCGACCGGAAGAAGGCGCUGCUGCGCGCGGCGAAGGCGCGCGUCGCGCGCCGGCGGCUCCUCGCGGCCAAGGGCGGCGUCAUCGCGGGCAAGCCCCUCGCGCGCGAGGCCGCGCUGCUGCACGAGGUCCUGCGGCGCAACACCAACGGCGUCCGCGGCGCCGAGGACGAGCACUUCGCGCCGCCGCCCGCGCGCGGGCCCCGCGCGACGACGAUCAACGGCCUCGGCCGCCGCGUGGACGCGGGCGGCCUGCGCGGGGGCUCGGGCCCGCCCGGGUCGUCGCCGCCCGCGGGCUGGCGCCGCCAGCUGCAGAGCAGCGACGGGCCCGCGGCGGACGACGGCGACCGGCGCGACGGCGUCGCGCGGAAGACGCUCAUGCGCACGAUGACGGACACGGUCAAGUUCGUCUUGAGGUCCCGGUCCUUCAAGAACCAGUCGCUGGACCGCGUCGGCGUCGUCCACGGCGACGCCUACGUCGCGGAGGAGGCGCGGGACGACGGCGGCGGCGACGACGACGACUACCAGCACGUCAUUUUGCUCUCCGUGCUGAAGAUCGGCGCCGUCAUCGGCGAGAUCGCCCUGCUCAGCGAGGACGAGAAGCGGACGGCGUCCGUGUUGACGACGCAGCACUGCGAGCUCUACAGCCUCGACGCGGAGAACUUCAACUUCAUUAGGAGCUCGCACGCGGAGUGGCACGAGAUCCUCGUGCACAGCGCGGAGCAGCGCGUGACGUGGUCGAAGCAGAUGAAGGCGCUCGUCAACGACGACGUGUCGCCGGACGACGCGGCGGCCGUCGAGCACGCGAACAACUUCCUGGCCAAGCGCCGCGCGACGGCGUCGCGCGUCGUCGCGCCGUUCCACGCGACGUCGACGACGAUCAAGCGCGACGGCCAGAGCCACUGGGACUACAUGAAGCAGACCAAGGUCGCGCCGACGCUGUCCGCCGCCGGCGACAUGCUCCGCAACUCGUCGAGAGGCAUCGACCGCGUCCACCGCAUCUCCAGGGAGAUCAACGACCGCCUCCGCAGCUCGUCCCUCCGGCGGUCCAAGAACAACGGCGACGCGACGGACGGCGCGGCGGCGAACGGCGGCACCGACGCGCUCGUCGACUCCGCCGUCCGGCGCAUGUCCAAGGAGCCGGAGCCGCCGCGCGCGUGA